GUAUAGUUAAAUAAUUUUAUUGAAAAUGGCAGCAAAUAUCCACCACACCUCUAUGCUGAGUAACCUUCGACGAGCCAAGGACUUAAUUGUCCAGAACACCACUGUCACUUGAAAAGUUGAAAAUCCAAUUUUACAAUCCAUAAUCCACACCCAUAAAUUCAUUAUUUUAUCAAAACAGUUAAAGAAAAUCGGGCCGUCUCUCCGCCGUCGCCGUCUCAACAUCUCUAAUACUACGUACGCCGUCCUCGUCAGUCACCCGCACCCGCCACAUAGUCAUCAUGCUGGUCAUCGUACCGUGUCUGCCGGCGUUGUUGCUGUUGUCGGCCGCCGUAGCCGCGCGAUCGGGUCAUUCCGUUCACGAUCCGAACGAAUAUUACAGCGAGCCCAACUACCAUUUCAACUACGGCGUCAAGGACUUGCACACGGGCGACCUGAAGAGCCAAUGGGAGCACCGGGAGGGCGACGUGGUCAAGGGUUCGUACAGCCUGAUGGAGCCGGACGGUUCCAUACGGACGGUCGACUACACGGCCGACAGCCACAACGGGUUCAACGCGGUCGUGUCCAAGAGCGGCCACAGCGUCCACCCGGCCAAACACCAGUCGCAGCAGAAGCAACGACAGCCGUCGGUGUUGCUACAGCAGACCGCUUACAGCAAGCAACCCGCGACCGUGGCGGAGGCGUACCUGCAGCAACCGCAGCAACAGCAACAGCACAAGCCGUCGUUCGUGGCGUACAAACAGCUGGCGCCGCCGUCCAAGUAUCCGCCGCCGUUCCUGUACCGCGGCUUCUACGGCAAGUCUUCGCCGACGGCCACCGCGGCCGCCGUCAACUACAUGGCGUACCCCAACCGACCGCUGCAGGACUCGGCCGCGGCCACGGCCACUCCCAAAUACUACGCAUCGGCCGCCUCCUCCGCCUCCGUAGCCGCUCCUAAGUAUUACGCCUCUCCCGCCUCCGCCUCCGCCGCCGCCGUCGCUCCUCAGUAUUACGCCGCCGCCGCUUCGCCGGCCGACUACGGCGACGACGUCCAAGGCAGGGCCGAAGCCGAAGCGGCCGCUCCUGAGUACUAUUACUACACGUCGGCGUCGACGCCCUCCGACGCGGAAUCGCUGGCGCCGUCCGCGACGCCGUCGCCAGACCCCGCCAAGUCGGGCCCCGUCCUGUUCCCGGCCGACAACGCGACCGCGUCGGCCGCCGACUCCACGUCGGACCGACCUGCCGCGCCGUCGCCCACGCCGAUCACUCUGCUCAAAUACGAACCGGCGGACGGCAACAACAACGCCGCGGGCCAACCUCUGUACGCCGACUACAACUAUUACGCGUAAUCGCAGUCGCGACGACGAUUAUUGUAAUGUAAUUAUUAUCGCCUCUCCCGUCUUCCUGCCAAAAAGAGAUUUUUUUUUUUUUAGACUUAUUUGCUCGUAUUAAUCGUGUGUAUAAUUAUUAUAUUUUAUUAUGUAUAGUCAUUGUGUGUACGGUACUCCCCGCCAUCGUUUCCCGACCCGAUCGUAAGGACGAGAUUUUAUUUCGGGAGCAGGACGAGUCCUUUUCCGAUCCGCCUUACUCGUUAUAUAUAUAUGCGAAAUCGCGUAAUUCAUCAUUUCAACAGACGAAAUUAUACGCGUGUCACGAUGUACUAUUAUUACACUGUACCUACAUAUAUAUCGUGAAAGUCCAGUUUUCAGAAAAAAAACCACAUGUUUGUAUAUGUAUAUAUAAUAUGAUUCAGUAAAAUAACACGUACGCGCUGUUGUAGGUACUUGUAAUAUUUGCUUUCUACGUAAUAUUCGAGUUAUGCGUGUAAUAAUUCUCGUCGUUGCUUCACUUUUCUACGUUUCGACCCAUACGAACUGUUUGAUUUUUUACUGUACAUCACAAUAAUUUUUCGAAUCAAAAAUACCGCCGCCUGCCAACAAACCACAAUAUAAUAUUAUUAUAUAAAUUAUAAUAACGCGUUCGUCGGACGAAACACUGCGCAUAUAUUAGGUAUAAUCAUAAUAUUAUACACCUUAGUGCAACCAAAUAUUUUUUAAUUAUAUUAUUUUGUGUAUUUUAGAUUUAGGACAUUACUAUAGUCUUUGUAACGAAGUGCAAUAUUUUAUUUGAUCUUUUUCGUGUUUAUUUAAUGUUAAUAUUAUAAUAUAUAUGUAUUCUUUUUAUAUAUUUAUAGUGCAUAAUAUUGUAGCGUAUUUAUAAUGUAAAACACACGUUUUAUGUGUAUAGUAAAUAAUUAUGAAUAUUUUUUUUUAAUAAAUAUUAAUU